UUGUUUCACUGUGAUGCAGCAACUCGCGGCGUUACACAGAAUAACCAAGAGAAGAUCUACGCAGCUCUCGGUCUCACUUUUCCAAAUGCCACCGCACACGGACAGCGAACUUGGACAGGGCGAACGGAGGCGCGAGACUCACCGAUAACAUGGCGGCGGGAACAUGAAGCUGGUCGGUGCCGUAGCAACGAUAAAUCACAGGGACGACGCGGAGGAGCAUCAAUUAACCCAGAGGAGAUGAGGGGAAACCUGAAAGCUGCAGCCCAUUUCUAAGCAACAAGACACUCAUCAUGGGCUACAAGAUCCCCGGGGCAGCGAUGGACAGAGUCAGCCUACUGUGGCGUCUGAGGCGUCGAGCUCGCCGCGGAGCCGUCUGCAUGACCUUCUUCUGUCUCUCCAUGGCUCUGCUCUACGCCCUCUGUGCUGAAAACAGCGUGCCCGUCACUGAUGCCAUCUUCGGAGUCCGAGCACGAACCCGAGCUCAGCCUCGCACGCACUCCGUCAUGAAGGUGCUGCGAGGUGGAGCCAAACCCAUGUUCAUUGACCUUCAGAAGCUCCCAGGUGUCAUUCCAGGUGAUCCUAAACGCCCCAUCCCUGUCCUUUCCUCACCGAACCACACCCACGAGGGCAGGGACUCUCCGUCGAAACGAACAUCAAGGACACGGGAGUCCUCUGGAUUUUUCUCUCACCUGCUGCCGCGCCCCUUCACCCGAGCGUUGGAGACCCUUUUCAGAGGCCGACGGAAGGGAGAACUGAGCGGCAAAGGUGGGGAGUUCUUCGGGCCUCACGGGGUUCUGGGAGAAGUGUGGAAUGAUGAGAUGUCCAUCAGCAUGCUGGGAAGCAGGCUGAAGAAAGUGGUGCAGAACUACCAGGCUAUGAAUAAAUACGGGGUGAAGCUGACCGGCCCUGGGGGUGACUCCAGCAGGCCGAAGCUGACCGGCCCCGAGCUUCUCUGUCAGCUUAAGGAGAAGAUAGACAUCAAGACUUUAACCUCCGACCUCCAUCCCUUCUCUGCCCUACCCUGGGCCGCUCAGCUGCCACCAAAGCAGCUAACAACUGACCUCGGACCCUACAAGAGCUGCGCCGUGGUGUCCUCAGCAGGGUCACUGCUCAACUCUGGGCUGGGCAAGGAGAUAGACUCUCACAGCGCAGUGCUGCGCUUCAACGCUGCGCCCACCAGCGGCUUCGAGAAAGAUGUUGGCUCCAAAACUACAGUACGCCUCAUCAACUCACAGGUGAUGGCGUCUGAUGACCAUCGCUUCCUGUCCAGCUCUCUGUACAGCUCAGGGGUUCUGGUGGCGUGGGACCCUGCCCCCUUUUCCUCUAACCUCAGUCAGUGGUACAAUAGGACAGAUUAUCCCAUCUUCAACCAGUACCAGAGAUACAGGAGGGUCCACCCGCAGCAGCCCUUCUACAUCCUGCAUCCUCACGUUGAGUGGCAGGUCUGGCAGCGGAUCCAGGACAACAUGGCUGAGCCCAUCCAGAAGAACCCCCCCUCAUCCGGCCUCCUCGGUACCGUCCUGAUGAUGUCGCUGUGUGAGGUGGUGCACGUAUACGAGUUCCUGCCGUCCCGCAGGAAGACGGAGCUCUGCCACUACUACCAGCGUUUCUAUGACGCCGCCUGCACGCUCGGAGCCUACCACCCCCUCCUGUACGAGAAGAACCUGGUCAAACGAAUGAAUCAGGGUCCUGACCGGGACAUCUACUCGCAUGGACGCGUCACGUUGCCCGGGUUCAGCACCAUGAACUGCACCCAGGCCGCUGAAGGCCGGAUCGAGCGCUGACCCGACAUGAAAACACCUGACACCACUCCGAAACUUGCAUGAAGAACGAGGACAGACCCAUGAAAACCUCACACUCACUGCAAACCGACACGAAAAAAGCUCAAAAUGAGACACAUUUGUCACAGCGCGCGCACACACACACACACACACACACACUGGAGUCCAAACAGCUGCUGGUUGAUUCUGCUGUAAACACACUGAGGACAAUCAUGUAGAUCUCCAUCUCCGUACAGGACUACCCUGACAUUACUGCCAAAUAGAGCUUAAGCCAGUCAUUACUUUACUCCCAAAACGGACUCAAAGUCUGAAAAUGCUGAUUAUUUCAUACAAAACUGAUAGAAAUAUUAACAAUCUUAGAUUUAUCGUGUGAUGCUUAUCAAACAGCAGGUGGGGAGUUUACAGUAUUACUUUCAGGAUUCUUACUAUGAUUCAGUUUUUCUUGCAGUUUUUAGAAAAUUUUAAAUGCAUCCAAAUAUGUGGCUGGUUAGGUUAGGAAUAGUUUACUGUGUUUUUUGGUUGGAAUGUAUCGUACACUGUUUACUAAAUUCCAAAAAUACUGAAAAAUAAGUGAAUAAAACAAUGGAAACUCAGGCAGCAGAUCUGUUUAGGCCUAAUCUGCGCUACUUUUGGCUCAGUUACGGCUUAGUUAUGACACUGGCGGUUGUUGUGUGGGCCAGAAGUGGCCCAAAUCUGAGGAGCCGGGCUGGACAAAUGUUGCAGCGACUGCCUUGCAUGUGGCGAUCGUGGGGGUGAGUUCAGGCAGCCGUACUCACAUGGAGUCAACGGCGUAAGUCAGCUCAAAUAUGAGCCAAACAAAACUGCAGACGUGGGCAAUAAUUGGGCCAGACAUGUUAUGCCAUCUCUGCAGCCUCAUAGCUCAGACGUGCUUUCCAGCAGAAACAUCUUCCCCACUUUAAACGCUGAACUCUGACUGGCUGAAAGAGGCUAAACUCUUGCUUGCGGAAUGACUUUCACAGUUUAACAAAAUCUAAAUUUAAGUUAGUUUAGUUUUAACAGUUCAUACAUGAAAUGUAGAUGUUUUUCUCUUCUUAUUAUGGUAUACCCCAUAGUUUUCUCUCAGAUUGCCUUCCGGCUUCGUCCUGAUGUUGGAGAUUUAGUUAUUCUUCCAAUCUGGAGCUCUUUAACCUGCCAUAAAAAACUGGUUUAUUCACAGUAUUUUUUCAAUAUGCCUUCUUUAAUAUUUGCCUCUGGCUCUUUUUUCUUGUCUGCCUCCCCGUCUGCUGCUGGCUGAUAUGUACUGGGAGUCGACCUAUAUUUGUCCCAUCAUAGCAAAUAUGCCUGUUUAACCCAAUUAUGGUUUUAAUGUGAGGAAAUGCUGUUCAGCAUUAUUGGGUGAGAUUCUUAUUUAUCUGUUACAUUUCAUGAAGUUUCAUUUGGACUUUAAAUUAUGUGUUUUUCCCAGUAAAUUAAGGUAAAUGGUCACAAUCCCUCCAAAACUUUCACAAGGCAUUAUUUGUGUA